AGGAAAAAGGGUCCGUUCCGUCGGGGGAAGUCACCUAGAUCCUUCGCACCAUCGCGCUAUAUAUAUAUAUAUACGAGUCACAAUGCUCGGAGAACAACAGCAGUGAAAUGAAAUUUGGACUUGGACUCGCUCUUUUGAAAAUCGCAUGAAACUUAGGAGGCCAAACAGCAGGUGGUCAAAGAAGAUAUCGCUGGCGAGCAUGGCGGAGGGAAUUGCUUCUCCUGCUGCCGCAGCAGCAACCACCUCUCAAACUGCAACCUCUACCGCCGCCACAACGGCCGAGUCAAUUAGCAAGAAGAGAUCGCUAUGGCCUUCCAUUCUUCGUUGGAUACCUACCUCCACCGACCACAUCAUCAGAGCUGAGAAACGCCUCCUGUCUGUUGUAAAGACUCCAUAUAUUCAAGAACACGUUAACAUAGGAUCUGGUCCACCAGGUUCUAAAGUCAGGUGGUUUCGCUCUGUUAGCAAUGACCCAAAAUUUAUCAAUACACUAACUUUCGACAGCAAAGAGGGUUCUCCCACUCUUGUUAUGGUACAUGGAUACGGUGCUUCCCAAGGUUUCUUCUUUCGGAACUUUGAUACUCUUGCAGCUCAUUUCAAAGUCAUUGCUAUUGAUCAGCUUGGUUGGGGUGGAUCAAGCAGGCCUGACUUCAUGUGCAAAAGUACAGAAGAAACUGAGGCAUGGUUUAUUGAUUCCUUAGAGGAAUGGCGCAAAGCCAAGAAUCUUAGCAAUUUUAUUUUACUUGGUCAUUCAUUUGGCGGGUAUGUUGCUGCAAAAUAUGCUCUCAAGCAUCCUGAGCACAUUCAGCACUUGAUUUUAGUUGGACCUGCUGGAUUUGCUUCAGAAAAUGAUUACAAGAGUGAAUGGCUUACUCGUUUUAGAGCAACGUGGAAAGGAGCCGUUUUGAAUCAUCUGUGGGAGUCUAACUUCACUCCACAGAAAAUUGUAAGAGGUUUAGGCCCCUGGGGACCAGAUAUGGUCCGCAAAUAUACAAGUGCUCGGUUUGGUUCUCGCGCACAGGGAUCUGUUCUGACUGAGGAGGAAUCCAGAUUACUCACAGAUUAUGUAUACCACACUUUAGCAGCCAAAGCUAGCGGAGAACUGUGUUUAAAGUACAUAUUUUCGUUCGGAGCAUUUGCUAGGAUGCCUCUUGUCCAAAGGGCAUCAGAAUGGAAGGUGCCAACUUCCUUUAUUUAUGGUUUCCAGGAUUGGAUGAAUUAUCAAGCGGCGCAAGAAGCUCGCCAGCAUAUGAGGGUUCCAUGCGAAAUCAUAAGGGUCCCUCAGGCUGGCCAUUUUGUAUUUAUAGACGCUCCGGAUGGUUUCCAUUCAGCGGUUCUGUAUGCUUGCAGGAGGUUUUUGUCCCCUGAUCCUGACAGUGAGUCCCUCCCUGAGGGCCUGACAACUGCUUAGAUGAAGAAUUCAAUGUUGUAUUUACUAAAUGUAAUUCUUAGUGUACUAAAGAGCAUCAUUCUUUUGAGCGCAGGCUGCCACUUAUUGUAUCAUUAAUUCAAGCCUUUAAAUGUAUUUGUUUGGUCUUGGGCUCUAUGCAUUAUUUUAAAUGCGCCGAGAUCUUUGUAAAAUUCUGACAUAGGACGAAAGAAAAUAAAAUGUAUGAUUUUAAAUUC